AUGUCAUCUAUCGAAGAGCUAAUAGAGGCUGUCCGUCGCGAGAGUGUGCUCUAUGACACCGGGCAUCCCGACUAUGCAAAAGGCAGUUUAAAGGAUGAGAUUUGGGCUCAGAUUGCUAGCGCUCUACAGUACAAGGACGGUGAGUAGGACAAGAAAUGAAACCGGUAACGCCGCACCAGUUCGGACUUCGCGGCGCCAUGUUGUAAAUGGAGCAAGUUCCGAGGCGCGCCAUGUCUCGUGCGGGAGAGAGGGCGCAGUGGCGAAAGACACGUGGCUGAAAAUACGGAACUGUCACCGCGAUGCCCUCAGGAGGCAGAAGAAACUGAAGGGCAGAACCGGCUCGCGUGCGGCUGCCAUCAAGCCAUGGAAGUAUCAGCAACAAAUGGAGUUUCUGAUACCGUACAUGGCCAUCAGUACAAAUGUCAGUGACGCUGACAUUGACGCUCUAGGAAUAACGGAAGGCGACAACAGAUCAGAAGAUCCCACCGCCAUCCCAUGUGAAUAUCUGUUUCCCUCCAUCGUGCAUGAUGAGGAUGAUGUUGAAGGUCACGAUGACGAUGGCAGCACGAGCAGCGUAGACGUUUCAACUCUUUCACAGGAAAUGAAGAAAAGGAAAAUUGUAGAUAUCCGGAAGGAGAGAACGGAUAUUAGUGUUUUGUUCAAGCAGUCUUUGGAAAACCGUGAAAGGACAUCCCGAGAGAGGUUGCUGGAAGGAAAAGAGACGCAUGGACGGCUGGAGGAAGGAGACCCACUGUACUACUUUUUCAUGAGCAUGUACACAACGACGGCCAAAAUGCCGCCAGCGUCACAACACAUGAUCAAGCGAGAAGUCUUCCGCAUAGUUUCUGACGCAGAGGAGGCUUUGCUAGCUAUGCCACUUUAUCCUACAGAUCAUUCCUCUCCGCCCUAGCAUAAUUUGAACACUUGUUCUUUUAAAUAGUAGAAAUGCCUCUUACAUUCAUUGCAGUCAUCCAUUCCACUGACUUCCUAUAUUAUCACUGGAUAAUACAAAUAUCAUUAUAUUUUGUAAAUUGAAGUAUCUUUGGCAGUAUCUUUUUUUUUAUUGGGCUAAGGCAUUCAUUCUUUGUGAUUGUUUAUCUUGAAAAUGAUUUCGGCCUGUUUGAAAUUGUCAUUUCUGACGGCCUUGAAAUCAACAUUUGAUUUUCUGUGUUCUCUUCUAUAAUUAUGAAUACAUAAUACACACAGUCUUUUCCCAAGCACGUAGUAUGAAGUUUGUUACUUACACUUCAAACUGGAAAUAUUUCAUUAUAUAUCUAAAACAUAGCUUGUCACACUUUGUUACCAAAAAUGUAUGCUUUAUCUUCUGUGCAAUUAUUCAAUUUUAAAAGCCAGAACUAAGUAUCCUCGGUUUUGUUGGGUCUCAUUGGGUUCUCUUUUAUUAUAUUCCCUUAUGGGUUAUAAGCUUUUAAAAAAGAAGCAAUGAUUUUAUACUCAGAAUAAUGCAUUACAUUUGAAAUAGUUUAGGCCUUAUUUACAUAAAUAUCAGUGUGUUUUUAUAACAUGAGAUUCAGGCCCAAGGACUUUAUUUUACUUACAUUCAUAUCCAUUACAGUAAAGGUAUAAAAAAAACACCUCUUUGUUUACACAAAUAGUGGUUCAUAACAACUAAGCUUUUUCCUAUAUAAUUUGUCAUUAUCGAAAAUACUUUUUUUUUGUAUUCAGAUACCUAUGUAUUGACUAAUAUACACUAUCAUAAAAAGAAAGUUAAAAGUUGAAUCAAUUUUUUCAACAUUAUAUAGGUCCUACAAUAUAGAGUAUUACUAGCCUGUGCUACAUUUAUGUUCAAUUGUAUUUAAAUUGUGAUAUGUACUAUUAUAUAAUUAUUAACUUCUCAGUACCAACUCUGGUUUUUAAUAUGGUAUGUAAAG